AGUCACUAUCUGGCUAAAGUGCCGGAAUGGGGACGUGCACGGCAUGUGGGUCCACACUUUCUGGGCUUUUACAACCAUAGUAACAAUAGUCGCUACUACACUCUACUGCAGUAAGCCACUUUCUUGGCCAUGAUCAGGUUGUCACACCCAUCGUGACUGACAGUGCGUGUCAUCUCUCCUUAGCCCCGGCACCCUAAGCUCUUCAAGAUGGCAAUCACCACGAAGGCUGCAACAGAUGGGAGCAUGAAGGGAAAUGGCACCAGCACAAUUCCCUACAAGCGCGUCAAGACGCUAGACCACAUCCCCGCCACCAGCGGCGCCCUGCGCUCCCUGCUGCUGCUGGCUGUGGCUCCGCUCAUCUGGGCCUCCCUGGUGCUCACCCUGGCGAGAGCCUUCCUCAGCAACCCACUGGGUUUCUUCCGCCGCUCCCGCCGCCCCGCGCGCCCCGAGGAGGUGCCGCUGCCGCCUCCCUGGGCUCAGCGGCUGGCGGGGCUGCAGCACGAGAUGCUGGACGUGGGGGGAGGAGUCAGGCUGCAUGCCGUCAGCUUUGGCCGGCGUCCGCACCUGCCGCUGCUGCUGCUGCUGCACGGCUUCCCCGAGUGCUGGUACUCCUGGCGACACCUGCUGGCAGAGGCCCGGGAGGGGGAGGGGGAGGGCAGCGGGGAGGCGCAGGGACAGGGGCAGGGGGGCGGCAGCGGGUGGCUGGGUGGGCGGUACGAGGUGGUGGCAUUGGACAUGCGGGGCUUCGGCUGGUCCAGCAAGCCGGAGGGCAUCUCCGCCUACUCGCUGGACGCCCUCACCUCUGACAUCGCCGGCGCGGUGGCGGCACUGGGCCGCACCUCCUGCACCCUGCUGGCGCACGACUGGGGCGGCGCGGUGGCGUGGGCUGCUGCGGGCCGCUACCCGGGCCUGGUGCGCGCGCUGGGGGUGGUGGCGGCGCCGCACUGGCUGCUGUACCGCCGCAACCUGAGCUUGCAGCAGGCGGUGCGCUCGUCGUACAUUGUCAUGUUCCAGAUGCCCAUCCUGCCCGAGCUGCUGCUCACACACUCCGACGCCGCCCUGCUGGAGACUCUGCUGCUGGGGCGUGCGGGGCCUGCCUCACCCCGCACCUCGGGAGCGGUGACCCCGGGUGAUGUGGAGGUGUACAAGGCGGCGCUGCUGCAGCCGGGCUGCGCCACUGCGUCGCUCAACUACUACCGGGCAGUCAUGCUGGCCAGCAUGGGGGUGAUGCCCUUCAGUGGGGAGGUUGAGCGAGGUCUGCGACGGCAGCUUGAGAUGCCAGUGCUGGUAGUGUGGGGCGCAGAGGACCAUGCGCUGCUGGUGUCCAACCUCAAGGGUGUGGCAGAGGUCGCCCCCCUGUCCGAGGUCCACAUUCUGCCACACUGCUCCCACUGGGUGCAGUCCGACCAGCCGCAGGAGCUCAGCAGGGUGGUGCGGGAGUGGCUGGGGGAGUGAGUGGGAGCGAAGGGCUGAGGUUGAGGGGGUGAGGAGGGGUGUGUGAGAGCGAGG